GCAAAUAGAUAUUUAUAUAUAUAUAUAUUGCGCUUUAUACAAAAUAGAUAAAUUGAUGUUAGAUGUGGAGGAUGUUUAUUUUUUACCCAAAUACGAUUAAUUGAACAUCUGUAUUUUAUUCUAUACAUUUAUAUAUAUUAUAUUAUACUAUAUAAUUUAUAUUUUAUUUCAUUUAUAUUUUAUAAGGAAUUUGUUUAUUAUUUAGUCAGUUUUCCUUAAAAUACAUUAUUAAACCGAUAUUUUGAAACAAUCGUAUUUUAACAAAUAUAAAACUUAACUUUGGUUUUGUCGCGUAUAGUAUUUUAACUUCGAUAAAUCUCUUUGCGUUGCAUAAGCUACAAUUCCUAUUAUCGAAAGGCAAUAUGAUUGUUUUAAAAUAUCCAUAAACGCUGCAAUUUCGUUGAAAUUGUCUAUAUUCCAUUACUACGUUGAAACGAAUGCCAUAUGAUUGUUUUAUUGUCAACGUGUAUCGUGGAAGUUUGAAUCACAGUUCGAAAGUUGGUUCGAUCGAGAUUGAAUCAUUUUCAAAGUAGUCAUAGAAACGCGACACGGACGCGGCCCUCCAUACUCGUAUCGUGGUUGUCUUUUGAACGUAGCACGAAUUGUGACAGUUUGUUCGCAGCUUUUAAGCUAUAUUAACGCGCUGAUAGCCUCGAUAUACGAUCUUUCCAGGAGGUUAAAAAAUGGAUCGGAAAUAUCAGAGAGUGGAGAUGGGGGUGGGUGCGUUUCAUCACCCACCGAGAGCAAAAUAUAGCGAGGAAACGAAGAAUUUGAUCAAACUUCUAAUGGAAGAGUCCAAAGUGAGUAUGAUGAAAAGGAGGUGUAUUGAAGAAGCGAUUAACAAAGGUGAAUCCUUGCCAACUGCUGUGGAAAGAUCGGAAACAGGAUCGAAUAAGCAUAAUUUAGGAUACCAGGUUUUAAUGCCUACCGUCUGGAAAAAACGAUCGCAAGAUACGAUUAUUAAGAGCGGCGCGUAUGAGAGGGAACAAUAUAGAAGAACGUCUCCUUUACGUAAUACGGAAAAGCAAAAGCGUCAUUUAGCAUGCAUGAUGGCGUAUGGAAAGGACAUGCCAGAAACUCCUCGUGGCCCAAGGAUUCUUCAUAAAGCGAGACGAGAACCACACUUUCCUGAUACCAGUGAUCCUAUCGAUGAUUUGGUUCGUGGAAUUCAAGAAAGAAUGGAGUUUUUAAACGACAUGGAAUGUCUUGGAAUGGGGAAAAAAUAUCGUCUUACAAUACAACAAGAAAUAGCGCAUAAAUUACGAUUGAUCGAAUCUGUAGACAAGCAGAGAUCGAAGGAAAUUCGAAAAGAGAUCAGAGAACUUGAAAGACCAUUGCCAAAACCAUUUCCCUUAGGACAGCUAGAUGACAAUUAAUAAUUUUUAUAAUUCACGGCCUUUUAUACUUAACCAAUUUAUAUUUUUUAUAAAGUUUACAGAACAUAUAUUAUACAGUAUUUUAGAUAAACCAAGCGAUAGGUAUAAUAAAAUAAUAAAACGUCAGUAUAUACAAUAUAUUAUUCUACUUAUAUAAAACUGUCGGAGGACAGGCAAUUCGUAUAACUAGAAUUCACAUUUUUUGUUCAUAUAAUUAGACACUGAUUAAAAUUUCACUUAAAUAAAUGGAGUUUUACGAUGUUUUUACACAAGUUUUUCAUAUUUCGAUAAUUUAUAAUUUCAAUUUAUACGUACAGACGAACAUAUUCGAUACACAGAAUAUUUAUAUACGACAAUGUAAUAAUAAUGGCGUAAUAAAUGCAAUUUAUGCAUAUAACAU